GGCACCUGCGCUCUAUCUUUUUUUGUCCGAGUUCCUCCACGCUCAAAACAAACGGAAUCAAUGAAAACUGUCACCGGUCUGAUGACUAACCUCCAGGUUCUGGUGACUGGAUGAUCCGCGGUUCGUACCGGAUAAUAUGUUCGCUUUGAGAACCAGUAGAACCGGAGUGUUUUGGACCGUCGCCGCAGCUGUUAGGCGCUGGUAAUGGGUUUAAUCCGAGCGGUUUGAGCUCCAGGCGGAUGUGUCCGUGUCUGCGCGGAGGCCCGUCGUGUGAUCCCCCCGGCGUUCAGACUGUACGUCGUUUGCCGCUAUGGCUUCGGUUCUGAGCUGCUUCUCGGGGCCGGAGGUUCUGGAGGACGUGGGCCACGCUCGGGCUCUGAUGAGGGAGCUGAAGCUGCUGUACGACUCGCGCCUGCUGGGGGACGUGACCAUCGCCGUGGAGUGUGAGGAGGAAACCCCGGAGCCAGAAGCGACCAGAACCGGACAGCUGUUCCUGUGCAGCCGCAACGUGUUGUCCGCCGCCAGCCCCUACUUUAAGAGCAUGUUCACCGGGGGGCUGAACGAGUCCAUGCAGGACAGAGUGGUCAUCCGCGGCGUGGACUCCGAGUCCAUGUCCGUGAUCGUGGAUUACUGCUACACGGGCAGGGUGACCAUCACGGAGAGCAACGUCCAGAGGCUGUACGCAGCGGCCAACAUGCUCCAGCUGGAGUACAUCAGGAAGGCCAGCUCCAGCUUCAUGACGCGCCGGCUGGAGGUCUCCAACUGUGUUGGGAUCCUGAAGUUUGCAGACACCUACGACAACCCCGAGCUGAAGGAGAACGCCAUGGCGUUCAUAGCCAGGAACUUCAGCCAGGUGUGUCACGGAGGAGAGCUCGGCGAACUCAGCUUGGAGCAGCUGAAGGAGCUGCUGUCUCUGGAUAUCUUGGACGUGGACAGUGAGAAGAAGGUCUGCGCGGCGGCCUUGGAGUGGAUCGAGGCCAACGCGCUGCUGCAUGAAGAGGACGCGCUACAGGCACUGAAGUGCGUCCGCUGGAACCUCUUCACCGAGAGGGACAAGUGCUACUUGGAGGAUCUGGUGACCAAGCCCUUCGUGGAGAAGCACCUGCCGUCCUUCUUCAACCCGUCCACGGAAGGCGGCUGCCUGUCCCCAGCCUGCGAUUCACCAAAAUGUAGAGUCGGCAUGAGCGCGAAGGAGAUGAUCCUCUUCUUCGGCCUCCCCAACGACAACAUCAUGUGCUGCGACCCGUACUCAGAGGACCUGUACUUCAUGAAUCCUCCUUUACAGGAUCUCAACGGCCAGGAUUACAAGCGAUCCACCAUGGAGUCCUUAAUCGCUUGUGCCACACCUGAGAACAACCUGUACCUGGCUUCGCACUUCUCCAGACACUUCUGGUUGUACAACCCUGUCCUGAACAGCUGGCAGGAGUUGGCGGAGCGGCCUCUGGGGAGGAUCCACUCCGGGAUGGGCUACCUCAACGGCCACGUCUACCUGAUCGGAGGAAGGAAUCCGGUGACCGACGCCAGACUGAAGGAGGUGGAGUGUUACAGCAUACAGAGAAACCAGUGGACCUUCGUUGCCCCUUUGCCUCACUCUUUGGGUAAAAUGCAGGUAGUUGCCCUGAACGAGCAGCUGUACGUGGUAAAUAAAAGGAGGAUGCUUUGCUACGACCCGAAAAGGAACCGUUGGCGGCACUGCGGUUCGCUGAGAAGGGACAAGCUUCACAAGGCCUGCGUCUUCCAGGAGCAGAUCGUCUGCGUCUGCGACAUCCCGGUGGUGAAAGCCUACAGCCCCACCAGGGGGGAGUGGAGGAGGCUGGGGGACAUCCCCAUCGACAGCCGGGCGUUGAACUACCAGGUGAUCCAGCACAGCAGCAAGCUGCUUCUCCUCACCCAGACUCUGCUGCAGCACAACAAGAACAGAGUCCUGAUCCACGAGUACGACCCCGAGAGGGACGCGUGGAAGAACAUCAUGGCGGUGUAUGUGUCCACGCUAGGACCCGUGUGUGUGUCCACACGCGUGUACCCAGCGUGUCUGGGCUCUGCUCACAGCUUCUCCACCGAGGAGGAGGAUGAUAGCGGCUCCAGCGCCGACUGGGACCUGGACGGGCUGACAGAUCCAGACUCAGAUUCUGGCAGCUCGAGCUCUUUCUCAGAUGAGAACUGGUAAAAAAAAAAAAGGAAAUUAAAUUACUUACCAAGUCUUUCUGAUGGGAUGACAAUACUUUUAAGUACUUUAAAGACACCAGCUUGUGACUGCCAGAAACUUUGAAUCCUACCACAGAUGGUACCAAUAAGGCCUUUGCUUUACUUCAGCUUUAUCAUGGCAAUCUCCAGGGUACUUCUUGAGGAGCAUCCCUCAAGAUAUGGUCUGUGCACCAGGUUAAAUAAAGGAAACAAAAAAGACUUCAGGGAGGAAGAGUAGGUGUUACAGGCUGGAAAAAUGGGAGAUUUUCCCAUCACAUCUGGUAAAUCUGGUCCCACCAAUAUCCAUAUUUUCCUCCCAGACAUCCUAUGACAUUAGAUUUCCUGUCCCAACGCGCCAUGUCACAAUAAAUCAUAAGAAAUGGGAGGAAACUACCUACAUUGUUUUGACUUACUGAUGCUAAACUCACUAAAUUCUGGGCUUUUUACUUAAAUGACCAACUAGAACAUUCUUUUAUUUUGAAAAGAAAACCUAAAACAGCAGUAAAAUCCCUUUUAAAGAGCCGAAUGUCUGUCAUUUCUUGCAGAUAAAGGACGAGCUAAUCAGAGAUGGAAACAGCUUUUUCUCAAAAGUGCGGAAGCGAUUUCAUAAAAGCUGAAUUUUCAGUAUUAUAAACAUCUCAACCUCAACAAUUUCAUUCCAGAUUAAGCCAAACUUUUAUUUUGAAAAAUCAGCAUUACUUGUAUAUUUCGUUAGUCAUUACAUUUCUUUUCAGUAUUUUUAAUCUUAAUUCUUCAAACUCUUAAAAUGCUGAUGACUGUCGACUUCAGGUAGAUGUAAGUUCUUCAGAUGGAAGGUGACAGAGUAACUAUGAUGCAUCAUACAUUUAUUGUAAAUAUUAAGUUUUGAGACGAAGCAUCCAUUGAGAGCUCAGAGUGCUUAUUAUACUUUUCUAAUUAAAAAUGCUGGUUAUAAAAACACAUUUUACAGCAAAAAGCGAUCAUUAAUGAAGGCCAUUGUUCUCUAUUAGAUUCAAAGUCUGAAUAUUUUCCAGAAAAAACUUGAAUUGCUGUGAAAUGCUGUAGGAAACCAUGAACUUUGUUAGGUUAAGCUGCGAGACAGAAUCUCAAAGAACGAACAUGAAAAAACGUUUGUCGCAUAAAAGAAGUCAUGGACUUGAGUCAGGAAUGCUUUAAAACUUUAAUCAGUGUUUGGAAUUGUGCAGAAGCUGUUUGUUGUGUACUCAUAUGUUUGUGCGGCAAAAUUUACGGAGCCCCAGACAUGACAUUUGUAAAAAAAAAAAAAAAUGCUGACCUGAAAUUUUUAAUUGGCAUUUUGUGGCACAAAUUGGUAUGUUGUGGAUUAAUGCACACAAAAUACUAAUUUCUAGGCAUAAACUACUAUGUUGUGUCUACAAACAACUAAGUUGUGGCCACAAAAUACUAAUUUAUGAACAUAAUAUGCUAAUUUCUGCUUUAAAAUGCUCAUUGCUGUGCAAAAAAUACUAAUUUGUGUGCUUUAAAUGCUAAUAAAAUGCAAAUUUGUAUAAAAAGAUUACAAAUUUUAUUUACAGUAUGUGAAUAAGUGCUCUCAUAAUGCUAAGAUAAUGCUAAUUUGUUCCCUUAAAAUGCAAACAAAAUGCUAAUUUGUGCCCUGAAAAGCUGUUAAAAGGUUAAUUUGAGCCCCAAAAAGCUAAUAAAAUGCUAUUUGAGGCCCCUAACAAUAAUUUUUGUGCCCAAAAAGCCAAUUUCUGCCUCAAAAUGCUAAUAGAAAUCAAAUGUGGCCACAAACUGCUGUUUUAUGGCCACAAAUAUUCAAUUUGAGUGAAUUCAGUGUAAAUGUUUUUAAAUGUCAUAUCCAGGGCUCCCUAAAUCAUUUCACAUCAUGGUGUGACGUGAAGCUACACUGGGGAACUCUCAGGUUUGGGCUUCGGCAUAAGCCUCUUUUCUUUUCUUGAAUGGGUUUCUUUUUGGAUGUUUGGUACCGUUAGGCAGUACGUCGUAUUUAAUAAACAUUGUUUUUAGUGAAUAUUGUUUUCCCCCUUUAAAUCCUUUUUGAAAUUUAAACUCAAGAUUUGAAAAGUAUGUUUGCUCAGUUUUCUUUUUUUUUCUCAGCUGAACUUAAACUCUACAUUCUUGUGCAGUUUGCAAAACUCCUGACCUCUGGAUGUUUGUGUGCAGCUGCAGAUAAAUGUGUGCAUCCAAAAGAAAAAGGAGGAAUUAUUUAUUUUCUGUUGUAUUUAUGUACAAACGGGUUCAGAAAAUGGAUGGAUGUACAAAUAGGUGUUUAGGCCGGCUAUUUUGUUUUGGUUUUUGUUUUAUUUUAUUUCUGUUGUGGUGCCACCUUAUAUUUAACCUUAAUGAUGAAAUGAGAUGAUGGUAAUUUAUUCUGUGAAUGUUAAGAACCUGAUGUGCAAAAAAAUAACCUUUUAUUCUUAUUGGGGAUUUGUCUCAGAGUUUUGCAGUAAACAUUGCUUAACAUGUUAUUUUGGUGAAAUUAAUGUUAAAAAGUGAGUCAAAUGCUACUUUGAAACAAAAAUCCCUUCAUUUAAAUGUUUUGUCAUCUUCUGUAUUACAUAAUUUAAAGUAUGAAACAAAAUAAUAUUUUAUCUAUUUGAUUUGCUUGUUGGAUAUGUUAUUCUAUUCUUUUUUUUUAUUAUUAAAAAGAUGCAAUUUAAGCUUUG